UACUUGAUUGGCUCUUUGCUGAAGAGACAUCCUCGGACCACACCCGUCCACACCCUUCAAGCUGUGUUUGCAAAAUGGGCGGUGUGCCUCACUGGGCAUAUAGAAAGUCACCAAGCGUCAUCUCCCACUGUUCGCUCUGCUACGGGAAAGGUAGUACCAGUCACCAGUUGGACACAAGCUUUGUUCGUUUUUAGAAAACCUCUCAUCUACCCUGACACACGUACAAGAAGGCCAUAAUUCGCUUGGACUCUGGAAUAUGGAUUUACCAUGCGAGAGGUCCGCUCUCCUCUGGUUUUUACUGGUCGUUUCUGCUCUACUUCAUGCAGAUGCACAGAUUUCACCUAGCGUGUACCAGCCCAUCGGGGUACAGAACAACACAAUCAUCCCAGGUGGUCUGAUGACAGCUUCAUCCCAAGUAAACGGAUCCGAGGCGUACAGGGGCCGCUUGAACGGUGAUGGUGCAUGGCAGCCGUCAGGACAAGGCACCGAGUUCCUGGCGGUGGAUCUAGAGUACAAUCGUUACAUCUUUGGCAUCCAGACCCAGGGACAGGGAGUUGGCUACGUGGAGACCUACAGGAUCCUAUACCAGGUGGACAACACAACAGAUCUUGUGCUGUACUCGGCUGGCGGUGGGAGCGCCACGAUCUUCAGCGGCAACAGCGACAACGAAACUAUCGUCCAACAAAACUUCCCCUCGUACAUCUAUGCCCGGUAUAUCCUCGUCAACCCUCAGGACUUCUCCGGUGCUCCACGACUGAGGAUAGAGCUACUUGGAGUGGAUGAUCUGCCUACAACAAUCUCCCCGGUAACAACUCCACUAGUUACAACUCCUUCAACACCCUCUUCAACACAACCACAAAGUACCACAGAGGCUGUGACGUCAUCUGGCGUGUACCAACCCAUCGGGGUACAGGACGUUACAAUCAUCCCAGAUAAUCUGAUGACUGCUUCAUCCCAAGUAAACGGAUCCGAGGCGUACAGGGGCCGCUUGAACGGUGAUGGUGCAUGGCAGCCGUCAAGACAAGGUACUGAGUUCCUGGCGGUGGAUCUAGAGUACAAUCGUUACAUCUUUGGCAUCCAGACCCAAGGACAAGGAGAUGGCUACGUGGAGACCUACAGGAUCCUAUACCAGGUGGACAACACAACAGAUCUAAUUCUGUACUCGGCUGGUGGUGGGACCGCCAAGAUCUUCAGCGGCAACAGCGACAACGAAACUAUCGUCCAACAAAACUUCACCUCGUACAUCUACGCCCGGUAUAUCCUCGUCAACCCGCAAACGUGGCUCGGCGCUCCACGACUGAGGAUAGAGUUACUUGGAGUCGAUGCGCUUCCUACAACAAGCUCCCCGGUCACAACCCCACCCGUGACAACCACCUCUUCACAAACGACCCCGCCCGUGACAACCACCUCCACACAAACGACCCCAAUCGUGACAACAAGCUCUCCGGUAACGACUCCGCCCAUCCAGACAACCUCCCCGGUAACGACUCCGCCCAUCCAGACAACCUCCCCGGUAACGACUCCGCCCAUCCAGACAACCUCCCCGGUAACGACUCCGAUCAUCCAGACAACCGCCCCGGUAACGACUACGGUAACGGAAAUCCCGACCACCUCCUCGCUAACGACUACAAUCGGUCCGUCGACAUCUCCUGUUACGACUCCACUCGGCACAACAACACGUCUAACAACGAACCAGGUAGACACAACCAAACUAUCAACAUCCUCCUCAACACAACUGCCUCAAACAUCGUUUAGUUCUGAUGUUCCUACCACUACUCCGUCAGUCGACGCAGAAACCACGACAAACCAAGGACAGUCCACCUCCUCCAACAUCUUCUCCAGUACGCAAACCCAAACAGCGGCAAGUGCCACAGAGGCUGAGACGUCAUCUGGCGUGUACCAACCCAUUGGGGUACAGGACGAUACAAUCAUCACAGAUGACCUGAUGACAGCGUCAUCCCAAGUAAACGGAUCCGAGGCGUACAGGGGCCGCUUGAACGGUGAUGGUGCAUGGCAGCCGUCAGGACAAGGCACCGAGUUCCUGGCGGUGGAUCUAGAGUACAAUCGUUACAUCUUUGGCAUCCAGACCCAGGGACAGGGAGAUGGCUACGUGGAGACCUACAGGAUCCUAUACCAGGUGGACAACACAACAGAUCUAGUUCUGUACUCGGCUGGUGGUGGGACCGCCAAGAUCUUCAACGGCAACAGCGACAACGAAACUAUCGUCCAACAAAAUUUCACCUCGUACAUCUACGCCCGGUAUAUCCUCGUCAACCCGCAAACUUGGUCCGGCGCUCCACGACUGAGGAUAGAGCUACUUGGGGUUGAUGUACUUCCUACAACAAGCUCCCCGGUCACAACCCCACCCGUGACAACCACCUCCACACAAACGACCCCGCCCGUGACAACCACCUCCACACAAAUGACCCCGCCCGUGACAACCACCUCUUCGCUAACGACUCCAAUCGGUCCGACGACAUCUCCUGUUACGACUCCACUCGACACGACAACAAGUCUAACAACGAACCAGGUAGACACAACCAAACUAUCAACAUCCUCCUCAACACAACUGCCUCAAACAUCGUUUAGUUCUGAUGUUCCUACAACUACUCUGGUAGUCGACACAGAAUCCACGACGAACCAAGGACAGUCUACCGCCUCCAACAUCUUCUCCAGUACGGAAACCCAAACAGCGGCAAGUGCUACAGAGGCUGAGACGUCAUCUGGCGUGUACCAACCCAUCGGGGUACAGGACGAUACAAUCAUCCCAGAUAAUCUGAUGACAGCGUCAUCCCAAGUAAGCGGAUCCGAGGCGUACAGGGGCCGCUUGAACGGUGAUGGUGCAUGGCAGCCGUCAGGACAAGGCACCGAGUUCCUGGCGGUGGAUCUAGAGUACAAUCGUUACAUCUUUGGCAUCCAGACCCAGGGACAGGGAAAUGGCUACGUGGAGACCUACAGGAUCCUAUACCAGGUGGACAACACAACAGAUCUAGUUCUGUACUCGGCUGGUGGUGGGACCGCCAAGAUCUUCAGCGGCAACAGCGACAACGAAACUAUCGUCCAACAAAACUUCACCUCGUACAUCUACGCCCGGUAUAUCCUCGUCAACCCGCAAACGUGGUCCGGCGCUCCACGACUGAGGAUAGAGUUACUUGGAGUCGAUGAACUACCAACAACAAUCUCCCCGGUAACAACUCCACUAGUUACAACUCCUUCAACACCCUCUUCAACACAACCACAAAGUACCACAGAGGCUGUGACGUCAUCUGGCGUGUACCAACCCAUUGGGGUACAGGACGUCACAAUCAUCCCAGAUAAUCUGAUGACAGCGUCAUCCCAAGUAAGCGGAUCCGAGGCGUACAGGGGCCGCUUGAACGGUGAUGGUGCAUGGCAGCCGUCAGGACAAGGUACUGAGUUCCUGGCGGUGGAUCUAGAGUACAAUCGUUACAUCUUUGGCAUCCAGACCCAGGGACAGGGAAAUGGCUACGUGGAGACCUACAGGAUCCUAUACCAGGUGGACAACACAACAGAUCUAAUUCUGUACUCGGCUGGUGGUGGGACCGCCAAGAUCUUCAACGGCAACAGCGACAACGAAACUAUCGUCCAACAAAACUUCACCUCGUACAUCUACGCCCGGUAUAUCCUCGUCAACCCGCAAACGUGGCUCGGCGCUCCACGACUGAGGAUAGAGCUACUUGGACCAACAACAAUCUCCCCGGUAACAACUCCACUAGUCACAACUCUUUCAACACCCUCUUCAACUCAACCACAAAGUACCACAGAGGCUGAGACGUCAUCUGGCGUGUACCAACCCAUUGGGGUACAGGACGAUACAAUCAUCCCUGAUGAUCUGAUGACUGCUUCAUCCCAAGUAAGCGGAUCCGAGGCGUACAGGGCCCGCUUGAACGGUGAUGGUGCAUGGCAGCCGUCAGGACAAGGUACAAAUGAGUUCCUGGCGGUGGAUCUACAGUACAAUCGUUACAUCUUUGGCAUCCAGACCCAGGGACAGGGAAAUGGCUACGUGGAGACCUACAGUGUCAUAUACCAGGUGGACAACACAACAAAUCUAGUUGGGUACUCAGAAGAUGGUGGGAGCGCCAAGAUCUUCAGCGGCAACAGCGACAACGAAACUAUCGUCCAACAAAACUUCACCUCGUACAUCUACGCCCGGUAUAUCCUCGUCAACCCGAAAACCUUCUCCGGUGCUCGACGACUGAGGAUAGAGCUACUUGGGGUCGAUGCGCUUCCUACAACAAGCUCCCCGGUCACAACCCCUCCCGUGACAACCAGCUCCACACAAACGACCCCUCCCGUGACAACCACCUCCACACAAACUACUCCAAUCAUGACAACAAGCUCCCCGGUAACGACUCCGCUCAUCCCGACAACCUCCCCGGUAACAACUACGGCUACGGAAAUCCCGACCACCUCCUCGCUAACGACUACAAUCGGUCCGAUGACAUCUCCUGUUACGACUCCAAUCGGCACAACAACAAGUCUGACAACGAACCAGGUAGACACAACCAAACUAUCAACAUCCUCAACACAACUGCCUCAAACAUCGUUUAGUUCUGAUGUUCCUACCACUACUCCGUCAGUCGACGCAGAAUCCACGACGAACCAAGGACAGACUACCGCCUCCAACAUCUUCUCCAGUGCGCAAACUCAAACAGCGGCAAGUACCAUGGGGUCCGAGACGUCAUCUGGCGUGUACCAGCCCAUCGGGGUACAGGACGUUACAAUCAUCCCAGAUGAUCUGAUGACAGCUUCAUCCCAAGUAAGCGGAUCCGAGGCGUACAGGGGCCGCUUGAACGGUGAUGGUGCAUGGCAGCCGUCAGGACAAGGUACAAAUGAGUUCCUGGCGGUGGAUCUACAGUACAAUCGUUACAUCUUUGGCAUCCAGACCCAGGGACAGGGAAAUGGCUACGUGGAGACCUACAGUGUCAUAUACCAGGUGGACAACACAACAAAUCUAGUUGGGUACUCAGAAGAUGGUGGGAGCGCCAAGAUCUUCAGCGGCAACAGCGACAACGAAACUAUCGUCCAACAAAACUUCACCUCGUACAUCUACGCCCGGUAUAUCCUCGUCAACCCGAAAACCUUCUCCGGUGCUCGACGACUGAGGAUAGAGCUACUUGGGGUCGAUGCGCUUCCUACAACAAGCUCCCAGGUCACAACCCCUCCCGUGACAACCAGCUCCACACAAACGACUCCAAUCGUGACAACAAGCUCGCCGGUAACGACUCCGCUCAUCCAGACAACCUCCCCGGUAACAACUCCGCUCAUCCCGACAACCUCCCCGGUAACAACUACGGCUACGGAAAUCCCGACCACCUCCUCGCUAACGACUACAAUCGGUCCGAUGACAUCUCCUGUUACGACUCCAAUCGGCACAACAACAAGUCUGACAACGAACCAGGUAGACACAACCAAACUAUCAACAUCCUCAACACAACUGCCUCAAACAUCGUUUAGUUCUGAUGUUCCUACCACUACUCCGUCAGUCGACGCAGAAACCACGACAAACCAAGGACAGUCCACCUCCUCCAACAUGUUCUCCAGUACGCAAACCCAAACAGCGGCAAGUACCACAGGGUCCAAGACGCCAUCUGGCGUGUACCAGCCCAUCGGGGUACAGGACGUUACAAUCAUCCCAGAUGAUCUGAUGACUGCUUCAUCCCAAGUAAGCGGAUCCGAGGCGUACAGGGCCCGCUUGAACGGUGAUGGUGCAUGGCAGCCUGCAGGACAAGGUACAAAUGAGUUCCUGGCGGUGGAUCUACAGUACAAUCGUUACAUCUUUGGCAUCCAGACCCAGGGACAGGGAAAUGGCUACGUGGAGACCUACAGUGUCAUAUACCAGGUGGACAACACAACAAAUCUAGUUGGGUACUCAGAAGAUGGUGGGAGCGCCAAGAUCUUCAGCGGCAACAGCGACAACGAAACUAUCGUCCAACAAAACUUCACCUCGUACAUCCACGCCCGGUAUAUCCUCGUCAACCCGCAAACGUGGUCCGGCGCUCCACGACUGAGGAUAGAGUUACUAGGGGUCGAUGAACUACCAACAACAAUCUCCCCUGUAACAACUCCACUAGUCACAACUCUUCCAACACCCUCUUUAACACAACCACAAAGUACCACAGAGGCUGGGACGUCAUCUGGCGUGUACCAACCCAUCGGGGUACAGGACGAUACAAUCAUCCCAGAUGGUCUGAUGACUGCUUCAUCCCAAGUAAGCGGAUCCGAGGCGUACAGGGGCCGCUUGAACGGUGAUGGUGCAUGGCAGCCUGCAGGACAAGGUACAAAUGAGUUCCUGGCGGUGGAUCUACAGUACAAUCGUUACAUCUUUGGCAUCCAGACCCAGGGACAGGGAAAUGGCUACGUGGAGACCUACAGUGUCAUAUACCAGGUGGACAACACAACAAAUCUAGUUGGGUACUCAGAAGAUGGUGGGAGCGCCAAGAUCUUCAGCGGCAACAAUGACAGAGAAACUAUCGUCCAACAAAACUUCACCUCGUACAUCUACGCCCGGUAUAUCCUCGUCAACCCGAAAACCUUCUCCGGCGCUCCACGACUGAGGAUAGAGCUACUUGGAGUGGAUGAGCUACCAACGACAAGUUCGCCUGUGACCACGCCGCCGAUGACGACAAGCUCCGCGGUGACAACAAGUUCCCCUCUGGUGACGACGCAAGCAACAACAAGCUCCCCUCUGGUGACGACACAAGCAACAACAAGCUCCCUGGUAACAACAACAAAUCCGUCAACACAAACAUUGAGCGUUGAAACGACUUCGGUCAUUGAAGAAUCCACCGUGAUGGAAGAACAAACAACAGAUAUGUUGACGGCGACUUCAGAAUCAACGACUGUGGAGACAUCAACGGCUUCCAUAGCUCCAUCGGGAACAACAGUCGAAACCACAACAACAGCCGCAUCUACUCCGGAAACUCCAACGGAAGAACCACAAACAUCGGUAGACACAUCUACAUUACAGACGUCGAUGUUUCCAACAGACGCAGGAGCAAGCACUGAGUCACAAACUCAGGGCCAAGUCUUCACUAGUCCUUUGUCGAUCUCCACUACUUCUACCGAUGACAUGAUAACGAGUACAAUAAUAUCAACACAAGGUCAAGAUGUGACGACACAGACACUUUCAACCAUGGCACAACCCGACACAACAGCUUUGGUAGACGUCACUGUCUAUACAACCGUCAUCAGUGCUACCGAUGGAACGACCACAGAAAAGUUAGAAAUGACAACAUCAGCAUCGGAUCAGCUUUCGACUCUUAUUGAAGUCACAACAGCCGAGAUACUUGAUCAGUCUACCCCAGUACCGACAGUCUCUGCCACGACGCCCACGACGCCAACUUCUUCAACCGCAACAUCAGAAGUAUCCGUCUCGGCGUCAACUGCUUCAACCGCGGCACCGACAGUCCCUUCCGCUGCACCAACAGUCACAUCGGCGGCACCAACUGUUUCAACUCCAGCCCCAGCAGUCUCCACGUCGAUUCCAACCAGUGUUGUAGCGUCCACAGCGACACAAGUUGCGACAACAAUCAAACCAACCCAGGAAUUUGUUGUUGUAAUCCAGUCCCUCGGACUAUCGGACGAAACCAUUAUCUCAAACGAUCAGAUAUCCGCCUCAUCGUCUAUAGAGGGAUUUGAAAGUUUCGAAGGUAGACUGAACAACGAAGGUGCAUGGCAGUUUAAUGCCAGUGAUCCAAGUCCAUUUUUACAAGUAGACCUGGGAAGUGUAACUACGGUGACCACUAUUCAGACUCAAGGUUACACAGAUGGGUUCGUCUUCUCAUACACACUGGCUUACCAACAAGUUACCCAGACGGGAAGAAGAAGACGGCAGGUGAACUUUGUCGACUACAUGGAAAAUGGAACAGUCAGGGUAUUUGAAGGAAAUAAUGACGGUAACACAGUCGUCGAGCAAAAUCUCACCACGCCCAUCGUGACACAGAGUCUCAGGAUCAAACCGACAAACUUCUCCGAAACCCCGCAACUGAGGGUCGGACUGAUAGGGGAGGUAUCCGUACCGAUUACAGUGACAACAGGAGCAGCGCCAACCACCACAGUUGAACAGACCAUCAUCACCACGAGAGGGCUGGCGGACUGGCAGCUGUACGCCAUAGUCGGGGGGUCAUCUGCAGGAGCCGUGCUGCUUCUGAUGGCAAUCAUCGGGCUGAGUGUGGCCAGGUCCAGGAAAACUAAGAAAAGCAGAUCCGCACGCUUCACUAAAGGUCACUCCGCUUGGAGCAACGUAGAUGCAAGAAACAUAUCUACAUCCGGCUCGAUACCGACGGAAAGUUACAAAAUCCCCCGAGCCAGGUCCAGCUACAAGCCGCGUGAUGAGACGUACAGCAGUGUACACUAUAAUGACGCUUACAGGUCUGAUGACGAAAGUCUUCCACCCCACAUCGAUGAUACCAAGUCACCUGUGGUUGGUCACAACGGCGACUACGCCUCUCACGCAGUGAUGAUUGACACCCGGGCACCGGGAGGCACAAAACUGCAGUACUGAGCUGCCAAUCAUUCGCCUGGAGUUUCAAACUUGUCCAAAAUCUGCAGUAUAGUCGUUACAUGAUUCUGUUAUUAGAAAUUGACUUUAUUUGGAUACAUAAUUAGCUUGACAUUACGGAUUGUUACAGUGGUUUAUGACAAUUAUGUACAAAUGUAUGUAGAUUUCUGUUUCAUGCAAUUCGAUAUGCCUUUCAAUUGUUGUGCUUAUCUUUAGUAUAAAGCAUAUCCCAGCAGCCUCUGGUAUGUAUCAUCCUCCUAAUAUAACAUGCUGCUGUUAAUCCAAUGAAAUGUCUCCGGAGAAUGAAUACUGUAGGAGACUGUUACCUCUGCUGACGACAAUGCGAUAUGUCAGGACAGAUGAUUUGAAAACUAGUUUAUGAAGCCAACCUAUAGUGUCAAUAAUGUGAACAAUCAAAGAUAACGUUUGAGACGUUUACAAGUUGAUCGCCCGGGCGGCGAUGUCAUCCCUAGUCUUUGGCAGGGAUUGGUUUAUAUACCUCGAUAUUUGCAAACAGCACAUUAAACAUAAGGGUAACAGGGAUAUUGUUUAUAUUUUCUCUACUAUAUUUUCGUAGAUACUGUAUGUAUUAACUUCAUGAGAACUUCAUGAGGGCUAUGAGUACUUUCUUGUGCAAAUAUGUUUAGAAAGUUUUCUUUACCUUUUUACCAUUUUCACAUGUUUGUACGUCAAUGAAUGGUAUGUGUCCGCAGUCAAGUUUCGUAAUGGCGGCAGUAUGCAAACAAAUUAUGUUGCGGAAGAAAUAGCAUUAUCUGUGUUUUUCUGCUUUCUGUGCUUUUAGAUCUAUGAUAUUUACAUUUGCUGCAAAAUAGCUGGUAGUGCUUUUGUCAAUUACUACAAAGGGUCAAGAGGUGCUUGAAGAAUUAGAUAUGGUCUAGGAUUAGGAAUCAACUGCACUGUGUAUUUAUGUUCAGAAAUAAAAGACUAGAGCCUUAUUUCUGUCCGAGACAGCUUUAUCAAACCGUUCCGAAGUCUCAUUGUCUUCAGAGGUUUGCUUUUGUUGUGUUAGUAGCGGAAGCAUUAUACCAGAGUCGUUAUAUAGUCUGAAUAAACUGUGAUAGGGAUUGAA